AUGUCUAACCCUGCCAAACAGUCCGGGGAAUGCCAGGCCUGCCUCGACAAUAAAGAGCUGAUCGUCCUGCCCUGUGGGCACGCCUCAUUCUGCUCCGAGUGCACCAUCAGGCGCUUCAGCAACAUCACAGAGUCUAGACCAGCCACUUGCUUAGUCUGCUCGAGCGCCGUUCCUCUUGACAGCCUCAGAUCCAUUCUUCCAGUAGACCUUUACGCAAAGCUCGAAGCCGACCUUCACGAAUGGUCUGUCCCCGGCCCCCAGCGACUCUACUGCCCCAACACCGCAUGCACAAAGUUCAUUCAUCCAUCUGACUACAAAGGUCAUCAAUGCCCAUUCUGCGCCGUCAAGAUUUGCAUAUGCAAGUGUCUUGCUCAUGAAGGCGAGUGUGCUGAUCCGUUCAAGGAAACCCGCGAAUUCGUCGACUCAGCUAACUCCCAACAGUGCUCAGUGUGCGGAAACUUGGUCGAAAGACACCAGGGAUGUCAACACAUGAUCUGCGUGAAGUGCGACCAUCACUUUUGCAUUCUUUGCGCAAGAGACUGGAAUCUCUGUCGAGCUAGUUGCGAAGGGAGCACUGCGGACGCUAACAUCAAUCAUGGCGAACACACCGAGACAAUCCGUAGCCUGUUGAACAGGCUCCUUGUCGCCAUGGUCAUGGGACGUGAAUAUCUUGCGCGAUUGAAUGGAGGGACGACACCUGGCUUCAUCGGCUUCUCAAUGAGAGUUGUUCGAUUUGCCCGCCUCGAUGCUGACUUGGAUCGUCAUGUUCCAGUGGCGAUGAUGCAUAGUAUGGACCAACUCGAGAGAUACCUCGAACGUCGACCUCUUAGAGCCCGCCCAGAGCGUGACGGAUAUUAUGAUAUGAUGCAAGACUGGCUAGAGGAGAGUGCUUUGAUCCCCCUUCGAGAAUUCGCCAAUGCCGAUUUCCUCGAGACAGAAGCUGGGUGGGCUUCGUCAAUCAAGACUUUGUAUGACGGAGAAAUGGAUGUGAGAGGGCGGAACAACUUGAUUCUGAUAAUCACUGGAGACCUUAGAGCGUCUCUUCCCUAACCUAUCACUGAC